CUUUCUCAUCACACACGGUGCAGCCGCUCGACCUGCUCCGUGCCGGACCGGGAGGCGGACAGAGUUUGUGGCGGCAGAGCAGCGACCGCGCGUCGGGCUGGAAACUAACUGGACGAGCGCCGCCGGUGACUCCCGGAACCUACCGGACCUUGGUGCUUCUUGCUUGGGCGUUUUUUCUCCUUUUCCCUGCCGGUGCUCCGUCCACAUCCAGCAGCCCUCCACCCCACCUCCCAGCGCGCCGUCAGCGGAGGAUGCUGCCGCGGUCGGUGCCAACCUGCCGGUGGUAACGCUUCACGGAGUAGCUGAGAGUGACCCCCAGCCGCCUCCUCACCCGUCCGGACGGGUCUCCCCCCUCCGGCUGGACUCCAGCCGCUCCUCCGGUGAGGACGAAGCAGCGGCGGUGACGCGCAGCGCUGGUCACGACAGUAAAAGUGGACAGAAAUUGUGAGAGAAUUUGGAGGAAUAAUCAUCCCGCUGGAUUGUUUGAUUUGUUUGCAGAUCUUUUUGUAGACGUUGUGGAUUCUUAAUUUCGGGCUUUUUCCGCGGAGGUCUGGAGCGGCUCCGUCUGGGCACCGAGGAGGAGCGGAGCCUGUAGCCGGGCUGGAGCGCUCAGAGCUGGGGAACCGCGCGGCUCUCACCCGGUCCAGAGCGGUGCUGUCUGGCAGAACCAUGGCGCUGCCCAGGUGGGAGGUUCUGCUGAUCCUGGCCGUCAUCCUGCCGGCCUCCUGCGGCGCCGCGCCCACCGACAUCCUGUAUCGGGUUCCUGAGGAGCAGCCGCCCAACACGCUGAUCGGCAGCCUGGCGGCGGACCAGGGCCUGCCCGACACCGGACACCUGUACAAGCUGGAGGUGGGGUCGCCCUACCUGAGGGUGGACGGCAAGACGGGCGACAUCUACACCACCGAGAUCCCCAUCGACCGCGAGAUGCUCAGAGACUGCCGCAACCUGUUCCCGGGCGACAAGUGCUUCCUGGAGUUCGAGGUGUCGAUCACCGACAUGGUGAAGGGCAUCGGCUCGGGCCCGCGGCUCAUCGAGGGCCGCAUCGAGGUGCUGGACAUCAACGACAACACGCCGCAGUUCUCCUCGCCCAUCCUCACCCUGUCCAUCCCCGAGAACACCCACAUCGGCGCCCUCUUCUCCAUCCCCGUCGCCACCGACAAGGACUCCGGCGACAACGGCAUCGCCGAGUACACGCUGAGCACCGGGCCGGACGCCGACCAGCUCUUCAGCAUGCAGGUGGUGGUGGACACGGACGAGAAGCUGCCGCAGCUCAUCGUCAUGGGCAACCUGGACCGCGAGAAGAAGGACUCGUACGACCUGAACAUCCGGGUGGUGGACGGCGGGAAGCCACCGCGGGCCAGCAGCGCUCUGCUGCGGGUCACCGUCACCGACCAGAACGACAACGCGCCCAAGUUCGAGAGGAGUCAGUACGAAGCCGAGCUGCCGGAGAACAGUCCGCUGGGCCACUCGGUGCUGCAGGUUCGAGCCAAUGACGCCGACACCGGCAGCAAUGGAGAGAUCGACUACAGCCUCCAUCAGGCGCCGGAGACGGUCCAGAGGCUUCUGCGCAUCGACCGCUCUUCGGGCAUCAUCUACGUCAAAGGUCUGGUGGACCGAGAAGAGGAAAGCUUCCUCAAGUUCUUUGUGGUCGCUAGAGAUCGUGGGCCCACCUCCAAGAGCUCCAAGGUCCUGGUGACCAUCAACGUCAAGGACCGGAAUGACAACGAACCUGCCAUCGAGAUCCGUGGCAUCGGCUUGGUAACGCACCAGGACGGCGUGGCCAACAUCUCCGAGGACAUGCCCAUCGGCACACCAGUGGCGCUGGUACAGGUGUCGGACCGCGACGAAGGGGAAAACGCCGUGGUGACGUGCGUGGUUGCCGGCGACGUUCCAUUUCAGCUCCGACCUGCGAGUGAGUCGGCCAACGAUCGGAAGAGGAAGUACUUCCUGCAGACGACGACCCUGCUGGAUUACGAGCGUGUUAAGGAUUACAGGAUUGAAAUCGUCGCUGUGGAUUCUGGGAACCCGGCUCUGUCCAGCACCAACUCCCUCAAAGUCCAGGUCACGGACAUGAACGACAACACGCCCACCUUUGCCCCCCCUAUGCUCGAGGUGGACUUUCCAGAAGGCAACCAGCCGGGUGACAAAGUGCUGGAUGUCGUGGCGACCGAUGCAGACAGUGGCACCAACGCAGAGCUGGUCUACAGCAUCAUUGAGCUCUCGGCCAACAGGCUGUUUGAGAUCAAUGCUGACACUGGGGAGGUUCACGUGAAGAACCUGCUGGAUCGGGAAGAGACUGAGCGCUAUGAGUUCCGAGUGGCGGCAGCCGACAAGGGCGUUCCCAGUAAAACUGGCACUGCUACAGUGGUGAUUAAUGUUCUCGACCGCAAUGACAAUGACCCCAAGUUCAUGCUGAACGGCUACAGCUUCUCUGUCAUCGAGAACAUGCCUCCACUCAAUCCUGUCGGUGUAGUGACUGUCACCGACGCUGAUAAGGGCGAGAACUCCCAAGUGAGACUGUUUGUGGAACCAGACAACGGCAAGUUCGUCAUCCAGAACGGCACAGGAACCAUCCUGUCCAGCAUCUCCUUCGACCGUGAGAAGGAGAGCACCUACACCUUCCGUCUGAAGGCUGUGGAUGCUGGUGAGCCACCUCGAUCCUCCUACGUGGGCGUCACCAUCAAUGUCCUGGACGAGAACGAUAACGCCCCCUACGUCACCAAACCGGCUAACUCCUCCUACACAUACCUGACACCCGUCACCCCGCUGGAAACUCGUGUGGAGGUGGUGGAGGCGGAGGACAUUGACGCUGGGCCCAAUGCUGAGCUGUACUAUGCCAUCACAGGCGGGAACCCGUACGGACUGUUCCAGAUCUCACCCAACAGCGGGGAGAUCACACUGGCACAGGAAUUCACCGGCAAACACAACGGUCUCCACCGGCUGGUCGUAAAGGUCAGUGAUAAAGGCAAACCUCCUCGCCACACCACUGCUCUGGUCCACGUGUUUGUCAAUGACACCAAGUCCAAUGUGUCCCUGAUCGAGGCGCUGGUCGGACACAGCCUCUACACGCCUCUGGACAGGGACAUCGCCGGGGAUCCCAACUACGCCCUCUCACAGAGCAGCACCAUCCUGUACGGCAGCCUUGCUGGUAUUACUGGUGUUAUUCUGGCCAUCGUUGCUGUGGUGGUCAUCAGACACCGGCUGCAGAAGGACACUAAGAGCGGCUACCAGGCCGGCAAGAAGGAGAGUAAAGACCUGUACGCUCCCAAGCAGGGCCCCAAGAACGGCAAAGGGAAAAAGAGCAAGAAGGGAAAAGCUCCAAAACCAGCCAAGCCACUGGAGGAGGACGAGGAGGCGAGCCUCCAGAAAGGCCUCAAGUUCAACCUCAUCAACGACAACGUCAACGACAGUCCCAGAAUCCACCUGCCCCUUAACUACCCACCUGGAAGCCCCGAUCUGGGCCGCCACUACCGCUCCAACUCCCCCCUGCCGUCCAUCCAGCUGCAGCCCCAGUCGCCCUCCGCCUCCAAGAAGCACCAGGCCGUUCAGGACCUCCCCGCCACCAACACCUUCGUGGGGACGGGCGACAACAACUCCACGGGCUCCGACCAAUAUUCGGAUUACAGCUACAAGGCCAACCCACCCAAAUACAGCAACAAACAGGUAGGAGACUACGCAAACACGGCAAUGUACCCCAGGGACAUCCAUUGGACCAACCGGGUGUGGUAGUCACGCUGGGACUUAUUUGGCACUAUUCAUCCACCAAAGCUUCACUGAUUCCCUGCACUGCACCCACUUCCAAACGGCUGUUUUGUUUUUGGAUUGGUUCUGUUCAUCAUUUCUGUUCUGUUCUGUUCCGUUUUUGGUUUUCACCUCAACAUGGACACCACUAAAUGCACAGUGUGGAUUACACCAUCGAUAGACCGAAUAUGGGCUUACCAAUAUUUAUCAGUUGAUAUGUGGUGAAAGAAACCUCCCAAAAAUGGACUGUUGGGGUUUUUGUUCUGUGAAGGUUCCCAGUCAUACAUCCAAAUAUCUGAUUUCUGCAUAUUUAUUGAGGAAUAUUUGUUAAUUUACAACACAAAAUGUCAUAUUUGUUUUAAUCCAAGAGCUUGGUAUCUGGAUAUAUGUGACGGCUGGCAUUGGGAAUCCCAUAUGGGUCUAUCUUCAGCGUCUACGUGUUUUCAUUUGUUUUAUUUGUGUUUAGUUUCACGUUUUCAUCGAGGGUUAAAUGAAGGAGUUUGGAGUUUUUCCUGUUCUACUAUUCACCAGUGUUUUGAAUUUGGAGUUGCCAUUCAUUGAAAGCUUCACGCUGACAUCCUCAUUAAGUCUGAAUGUCUUUUCUUUCUUUCUGUUUUUUUUUUUUUCUGGAAGCUGACUGGAGGUUUAAAGCUGCUCUUUAUGGCCGGAUCAGCUUGUUGAAGUGUGACAAAGAGUGACUGUGAAUUCCUGAGUUUUUUUUUGUUUUUUUUUCUCUCCUUGUUCCCAUUUUUUAUUGUUUCUCGGCUUUCUCUGGCCGGGAACUCGACUGUCUGAGCAGCACUUUAGAGUGUUUCCAUCCAGUUCGGACCAAUUUAAGGUCAUUUCAGCUCAGUCAGGGAGCCGAGCAGUGAAAAAGAAAGAAAGGAGGAAAGGGAAUAGGAAGGGCGAGGGGAGUGGGGUUGUAAAAAGCCACUGCAUUAGAAAGGAAAAGGUACACCAAGACUAAAUACAACCAUUUCUUAACCUCCGCACUUGCUGUCAGGUCAGCUGAAAUACGACUUUUAAUUUUGCCGUGUUCCCAAUCACUGGGGCUAAAAAGUCAAUUGUUUGCACAGAUUAAUGGCAGGUAAUUUUCCAGGCGCCCGCUUUCGCCUUCUUUUACCCAGAGUGCCUUGCUCUUUUCUAUUUAAUGUACAAAAAGGAGGGGGGGCGGCGAUGCUGCGCGAUCGCGAUGAGCGGUUUUGUGGCGUCACGUUGAUGGACUGACUCGUGAAAAUGAAAAAAAAAAAAAAGUCACGUGCACUGUGAAAAGCCGUGGAGACAAUCAGGCCCAGGGCUCGAUGCUGUACAUAGAUGUGAAGCCAUGUUGUGUUUCUGUUUGUGCUUCUUCCAUCUGCCGUCCACGUCGCUGUGUGUCUCCUGCUUGUAUAGAGACUGCAUCAACCAAAGACUCACUCAAACACACACCUGCGCUCAUGGCUGCCGUCGUUCGUGUGAUGCUGAGGAUGGCUGUCCUUGUUGGUGGCUGCUGCCGGUCUGGCAGCUCGCUGGCUCCUGCUGGGUAACAUUUAGCCUGUUAACACUCGAGCUGCAGGCGUCACGCUCGCUGUAGUCGGAUUUAAAGCCACAUGGCCUCAUAUCAACUCUGUUCAUAGCACACCUGCUCACUCAUGUACUCUUCUUCUCUGGGGAAAUAAAUGUACGCUGUUCUUCUUCUUAUUAUUAUUAUUAUUGUUUUUUUGUGUUUUUUUUACGGUUAAAAGCAGAUUUUGUUUCAAUAAACAUGUUGCUUAAAUGUU